AUGGGUGGCAAGAACGAAUUAGGUGAUCAAAAGAUCCGUGCAACGCAAGAUCAAUUGCGAAUUGCUAGACUUACUCAGGAUUUGUCUAUAACAGAUGAUGAUCGGGCAAAUAUACAAAAGCUUGUCAAGAAGGUUGUUGAAACAACGAGAUGUACUGUAACUCAAGCUGAAAUCGCAUUGUAUGAUAAUAAUAAUGACGUUCAAGAAGCAGUAAAUGCGAUUUUGGAAGAUAAUUAUUCAGAUGAGAAUGUUUGGAAAGAACAAAAAAGUAGAAGGGCAAAGCGGGCUGAAGCAGAAGAACUGAAGCAUGAAGAGUUGAAUGCUCAUAGGAACCGAUUAAAUAGUGGUAGAUCGUCAAAUAAUUUUGGCUAUGGACGAGGACGAGGAACGGAACGUGGACGCAGUAGUUAUCGAGGGGGACGUGGGAGUGCUCGAGGUUCUUAUCGAGGAGGAUAUCAGCAGUCAUCAUUGCAAGGACAGUUUAGUAGUAAUAUGGGAAGUAAUAUGUGGGAUAAUUCCCAGGCUUUGAAAAUUAACAUGAGCAAAGAUUGGACCAAUACAAGCAAUGCAGCCAUUGACGAUAAUGCAGAAGAUACCGAAUGGAAACAACAUGGAACAUUAGUCUUUUCACGGAGCGCAACACCACCAACAACAACACCUGCAGUAAGUAUGGUUGCUGGGAUCAGCUCAGUGACGUCGACUUCUGGGCCGGUAUCUUUUGCUGCUGUUGCAGCAUCUGGAACAAAUAAAGCCAAAGAAAGUUUGUUUAGAAGUUCCGUUGCGCGAACCAAACCUGCUGGAUCACUCUCUAUGGGGCAAUCUCAGAAUGAAAGUGUGAAUUCACUUUAUCAGAACACUGGGCUAGUUUCAACCAGCAGUCAGAUAACUGCUACCUCGGAAGAAGCAGAUAAAGAAAGCGAGGUUCGAACCCCACCCAUAACUAGUCGUGAAACGUCAUCAUCAGCUGCUGGUACGGCAAAGACAGUACAAACAACUAUGGCUUCACAGCAAUCUCGAGCAGCAGGACCUGUAACUGCUGUCACGAAUACAUCAGCGGACUGGACCACUCAGCUGAAAAAUGAUCUCGGAAUAGGUGGUACUGCUACUACUGUUUCAAAAUCUAGUGCAACUCAGCCAGGCUUAGCACCUAAAGCACUUCUUCAAGCUCCAAAAGUAGGACAAGUUUCACGGCCAGCAGCUCGACAUUCCGCUCAUUCUAAUACUGUGGAAUUUGUAUCCGGUGAGUCCAGUGGCCCAACUUUACCUGAGUACCAAUUUGGCUUUCAUGUAGAUUCGGCAGCUGGAAAUGAUGAACAUGCUGAUGAUGUUUAUGGAACUUCUUCUAAAUCUCGCACUUUAAGCAGUCAUGCUCCUAAGACUGAAGUUAAUGCGGAUUCAUCAACAUCCAUACUCUCGAAUGGUCCAGUCGCUGAUUAUUCAUCUUCGAUCAGCGCUCAGCAACAGCCGAAAAUAUCCUCUGGUAAUAGUAGCGUUUCUCUGUCACAGGCUUCCCCUGCAGUCCAUCAAGCAAAUACAAUUCAGCGUCAGCCAGUGACGUCAGGAUUAUCAUAUGCAGACACUUCAAGCAUGUCUUAUCCAUCCUCUGAUAAUCGAAAUACCACAAAACUACCGCUUUCUCUGCACCAUCAGCAGCAGGCACCACAUGCAUUGUAUACUACAACACAGCUGCCAUACGCAAAUUACCCAUAUCUUAAUAUGUAUAGUCCAGUGGCAGGUGUACGACAGGAUGAAUACGCAGCAGCAUUGGUACAAUAUCCUUUCGGAGUAGGGCAGUUUGAUAUGAAUUCUAUAUCAACAAUGUUGCCUCCAGCUGCAGCGGCUCUCGCUUCCCAACAGCAACAGAAUCAGCCUCCUCCUUCUGUGCAGUCUCAACAUCAGCAGCGACCGGACCAGCAUCCUAGCAUUGUUGAUCUCUCUAAAGCAUAUUUAGCGACAGCUGCAGCUGCAGCGGUAAACAGCUCAAUAGCAAGUGGUACUGGUUCUGGCAUCUUGGGUACUCAACAGCAACGAGAUUCCGCAGUACCACCUGCUGCUUAUCAUCCUCAAAUCAAUCAGCUGCCGUUUUCGUUUAUGCUACCGAACGUUACGAAUGGCCAGCAUAAAUUAAACCAUCAGAUGUUUGCGCAGCAAAGUGUGGAGGAUGCUCUUUCUGAACAGCGCUUAUCAUCUCAGCAACAAAAAGUUGGUAAUUUGUAUCAAGGUCAUCAGCAGCUCGAUAAAUAUGGAAGUUCUACCACCACGAAAGAUCGUCUUGGAGGCGGUCCACAGGCUACUCCACCGCCACAAGUGUAUCAAACGCAGGGAUACAUGUCGCAACAAAUGCCUUUACAUGGGCAUAAAAAAACAUAUGGUGGUGGGCCGCAACAUUGGAGUGCAUCAUAG